CGCCUAGCCGCCGAAGGGCGGCAGCAGAGUUCAGUAUUUUUUUUCUCUUUCUUUUUAUACUGAGACCUGGGUCACGUGUUCCAAUUCCUGGAAAGUUCCUGGAAAGCCGCCUUUUGCAUUUACCAGAUAUGGGAAGGAAAGGAGGGAGAGACAGGAGAGCCGAUCACACGAGUUGGGAGGGAGUGGAGGAGACCGAGAAGCAGAGACAUGGACGAGUGAUGGGGGGGUGAAACCAGGCUCCCCCCCUCUCACCCCACAAUUACAACAACACACUCACAAAAGCCACGUUUAACUCCAGACGGCUCGUCUUCCUCCAGGGUGGCUGAUGGAUGUGAUGAUAGUGCUGGGGAUGGUGUACAGCUUUAAUUCACCUUGCGUGCCGCUGCAGUGUGUCUUGCCGUGCUUGGGGAGCCAGUGCAAUGACUGAGGAGCUGCCCAGCCUGCUCUGUGUGUGUGAAGUCAAUGCGGAUCUCUGGAUUUUUCUUCUUCUCAAAGCGGGUAAAACCAAUGACAAGAGAUCAGAAGGCUGGUAUUGGGGAAAUAUGAGUGUUGGUGAGGCCAAGGAACGUUUGCAAGAUGCUCCAGAGGGAACAUUUCUUGUUCGAGACAGUUCACACACAGACUACCUUCUCACCAUCUCUGUUAAAACAUCUGCGGGACCAACCAACUUGCGUAUUGAGUAUCGAGAAGGGAAAUUCCGAUUGGACUCUGUCGUCUGUGUGAGGUCCAGGCUGAAGCAGUUUGAUAGUGUUGUUCAUCUUAUUCAGUAUUAUGUUCUGCUGUCCAAGAAUAAGAAGCUUGAAUCGGAAACUCUUCCAAAUAGGACAGUACACCUGUGGCUUGUGAAGCCACUCUACACAUCUACUCCAUCCUUGCAACAUCUCUGCAGAAUGACUGUUAAUCAAUAUACAGCUAAAGUUCACGAAUUACCAUUGCCUACCAGACUGAAAGGUUAUAUUACAGAAUAUCGUUACCAGGUAUAACACUUAUUAAUUGUGACUUCAGCAUGUUAAACAAUCCCCACAAUCUGCUUCCAAACCAAGCCAAAAGUUCACUUGGCAAAAUGACUGGUUAAGGUUCUACACAGCGUCACUUCAUUUCAAGAGGAUUGUCGGACUUUAUUGAAUUCUACGACCGUCUUCUCACUGUUCAUUAUAUUGAAAUCACAUUGACUAUUAUACUUCGGUUUGUCUGUUAUAUACUGUAUUAGAAAUGUUCACCCCCAUUUCCAGAUGUUGAAUGAUGUGGUUGGAAAAAGUUGGUUUGAAAAGGCCAAAGAUCACCAUGGUGCCAAAGAGUGGUGGGCUCUUUCAGCCACUAAUAUUACAGCCUUGUAUUAAUUGCACUACAGUCCUAAAUCUCCCCACCAACACUGACUCAAAUACAAUGUAGGAUUGGUUUGUGGAAACAAGUUAUUAAUGGGGGUCAAUGUGUUUCACUCGAUUGCUCACCACCUCAUCCCCAUUCCCUCUCUCCCUUCCCCCAUGGAAAACUCCAACUUGCAAUAAAAUUAUACUUCCCAUGUACUACAUCUUAUAUUAAAUAACGGAUCUGAAAAGUAAGCAUCAAAUGUGCCAUAAUAUAUAAAGGCCAGGAUUGAGUGUAUUUAAUUGGUACUUGGUUUUAAACCUUUGUGUGUUUUUUUUUUUUUAAAUCCACAUUCUUAGACGUUAUUUGUACUAUACUUGAAACUCCAUGUGACUUGACAAGGCAUUUGCCUCUAUAACAGUAUCCCAUUUUGUGCUAUGGAUGUGACUGAACAUUCAUCCUAGACUGCAUCCCCCAAAUUAUCCUGUGUUUAACACCAUAAAUUAUAAAGUAAAAUGCUGCAAAAAUUUUGAAUGCACUCGACAUCUCAAUGUUUACAAUUGAUAUUAACACUUUGAGAGCUAGUGAUGUGUUGUGUGGCUUUGUUUUUGUUUUUUGUUCCUUAUUAUCAUUUACCCUACUUUGAUCCCUAAAGCUUAUACCAACAUUGUCUCACCCACCUGCAUACUUGGCACUGACAGCUGUUGUAUCAACAAAUGAGCAAGAUAUUCCAGAGGAAAAGAAUCUAGGAGCUGGUGCCAAGUUAAGAGCUAUAUUAAAUUCUCACCAAGCAACCCAUAGAUUUAUUAAAAAAAACACUCAUAUAGUGAUCACUGAAACAUCAAUGAAAUAAUUAAUAGCGAAAUGCAGAUCUUGCUCCACAUGCAUGUAUUCAUAUACAAGCUUUUGGCCACACACUUGCUGAUUUCCUUUAUAAACCAUAUCAUCCCCUCUUUGCUUGUAAAAGUGGCUAGGAGGGCGAAGAAACUUUGCUGUCUGUGGCAGUCCUUUGUGUCUAAUGGUGUAUAGUCCCGUUGUUCCAAGUCAGGAUGCCAUGUGGGAGUGCUACAAAGCCCUGGUGCUCUCUGCGGCCAGAGCACACAAGCUAGCUCUCAAACUGUAUAUAUGUGGACCAUGUGGUGAAACCUGUUCGGUAUCAUGUCCCACUUUUGUAAUACUGUGCUUUUGUGGAGCUCUGAAUUUGUAAAGCACAACUGCCAAGGACCACUCCAGUGGCUUUUAUAUAUUUUUUCCUUCUGUUGUGAAAAUCUUUACAUUAAGUCUUAAUUAAAUUAAAAGAAACAUACUGGAUUUCAGCCAAUCAUGGUAGUAACCUAACUGGAAAGGAAGGUUUGGUUGAAUCCGCUUUGAAAUGGUCAACCAUUCAAGUUUGAUAUAAAGUUUGUUUGAAGCAGGGAAGAGCAGACUUAGAAAAUCUACCUUAAACUAUGAAUUUAACCAAUACAUUGUGGCUUGGAAAGAUUAAACAGGGACAAAACCCUUGUCGUCUAUACAAAAGCUCCUUCAGUUGAUUGCCAUAAACCAUGCUUGACGACCAGUUGUCUGGGUCGGUCAAAGGGAAGUUCACAUGUAAUCGGAUACAUUAUAGCUGACCUCUACAAGAUUACUUGGUGAGACCUGAACUUUAAAAUUAGACUCAUUCACUCAUUAAGCUUAUUCUGGUGGACAUUUAAAAAUAAUUGAAAGGGGCAAAUAGUGUCAAACCUAUGUUUUGUGUUAAAGUGCUCCAGUGACUAAAAUGUUGCAUAAGGCCUAUUCCAAGGUUCGGAGUGAUAUUUGUUAAAUGCUUUUUGUGGGCAUCUGCAAGUGUCAAGUGAUCCUCAAAACUUUCACUUCUUGACAGGUCUAAGUCCUGUAUUUGGGUUUUUGCCAGCAUAUGUGUCCCAGUCUUCGAUGUGGUGGUAUCCUGGGAGGUUCCCACAACUGAUUUUUGAAGGUAGUGAUAAGCUGUGAUAACGCUCGCAUUGCCAUGAACAGUAAUUGCUAUUGGGGUGUUACUGUGCUCAAAUUUUUUUUUUUAUUUUUUUUUUAAAUCUUGGUUUGCUCUUUUAUUUUUUCAUGUACAGGAUUGUUUAAUACAUGUGAAGAUUAUAUACAAACAUUAUUUUGUUUUACCUAAUGUGUUUGUUGUCUAAGGUGCCUUAUUUUGGCUGGGCUUCUCAAAACUGAUUAAAUGUACCAAUAUUCUAAAAUAUACCAAUGUAGCUUGGCAAAUAUCUGCUAAGCUUUGUUUAACCUGGUGAUAGAGGUAUAAAACAUUCUUCUUUUUUGAUUAGUACAGGAAUCCUAAAUUUUAACUACUAAUGUUUUAAAGUGAUAGUUAUGGUACUUAUGCCUUUAUUUCUUCUCAUAUUUACUGUCAUGAAAUAUUGAUCCUGAAAUUACCUUUUGGCGACUUAAGUACAGGAGAACAACCUAUCUCUAGUAGUCUAGCUGGUUGGACAGUGGGUGCAUGAAGUUUUGGGACUUGUGGAGUAAAACUUUAUAAGGGGGGAAAAGAGAUCCGUACAUACCACAACUAAUGGAAGCCUAAUUGGCAUGAUGCACCAAACAUGAGGGUGCUGGAGUGCCCUUCGAUGUGAAAUGCUUGGGUGUCCAUCUAAACAGACCAGACUUUGUGCACUCUAUAGAAGAUGGAAUCCCUAUUAUCCUUUUGUGUUCUGUAGGUUGAACAUAAUUAUCUGCCCUCUAUUGCUGACUGUAUAAUUUAUUGUAUUAUGAUACGCACUAUAACUGUAAGAUUGAGUGAAGAAAUGCCUGGCAAUUGCACUGGUAACACCUUGCAUGUUACUAGCAGAGCGGACACUUCCCAGAACCACUGCUUACCCUUAGUAUAAUAUUAUUCUGGUUAUUCAUAUUUGGGGAUACAAAAUGUCUCAUUAAAUGCAGCUAAUGUUGCAUUGAAUUGGGCACGUCGGCAGUUGCUUCUCAUGUCUACAGUGUAGACGUUUUGUUUUUUUAAAUUACAAACUUAUCUAUUUCACAUGGUUUUUG